AUGGAUUUGGAUGACUUUGACGCUGCUGUCGAGCAGCUCCCCCUCGACCCUGGAUCCUCAAACGCGCAAAGCCCCAAGGAUGCGGUUCGCCUCAUCGACGCGCAGUGGUACACUCCAGUCAGCAGACGGGGGCGGUGGAUGGACCUCAUCGGAGACUACGCCGGAAGUGAACCAUUCGUUGUAGAUGGCGAGGCACUACUACAGCUCGUCCUCGACGACCCUCUACUUGCACUAGGGCGCACAGAUGAUGUCAGUUUCCAGAUCGUCCACGCGAUCUACACCAUGGAGCGUGUCCUACACGAGAUCUCGAGCCGCUCCGCGUCCUUCGAGAUUGUGUUCUGGCAUGACAGACGCUUCCUCACGCUUCAGAUCGGCGAGGACGAACACACCUCGUCGUCCCGUACACUGGCGCGGUCUAUCCUCUUUAAUCACUUGAGUGCGCUAGAUAUCCCAGUCCACACGUUUCUGGACACCUCAGAUCCAGCCUGGUUGGCAUAUCGAAUGCAUACGAAGCCUAUGUUCGUGAUGACUAACGACGGAGGAGUCGUUGAAGGAGCUGCGUCAACAGCGCACACUGAACGAAUCCUGCUUCAGCGUGUAUUCAUUUAUACCCUCCUAGCCCAAGGCAUCUCUAUCACGCUGUUGAAGGGUGCUGAGUACCGAGACUCCAAGAUCCUGUCGUUUGUUUACGAGCAACGUGUAGACGGUGAUCCGAAGAGUCGGUUCCAACACGGGUUCUGGCUAGCCGUCCAGAAUGCGUUGCAGUCGCUGACCGCACAAGAAACCGACCUACGUGCAGGCGAUACCGCGACACCGCUGGAGGAUGUCGAGUUGCUCCCUGCACGCGAGUUGGCCGUCGACCUCGUCAACAACCUGUCCGAAUCUAGCGUAUCGCAGCAUGAGCUCUUUCCCGAACUCCUUCAGCUUUUUGUGGCACACAUCCUCUUCGUGCCUCACCUCGGCUUGAAGGAGCGAGCUCAACCUCCCGUAGUCCUUCCCGCAGCCCUUUCUGACCACCUACACACUGCGUUUCUCCCGAGAGCAUUCCUUGACCUCGAGGAUGCCGCCUCCGCGGUCACCGUGGACGGUCGGGUAUUUGCUGCGCUCCUGGACUAUGUUCUCAGAGCUGAGCAACCAUCCCUCUCCUCGAUGCUUGGGCCUGAGAUCUCAACGGCUGUGGAAGAAAUAUGGAGCGAAUGCAACAUACGCGCCCCCGACUUCGUCGCCCUCCGCGCUCGCUUCCCUCCUGCCCCGGUCGCUCCCGCGCAGGAUGAACCUGAGGAUCGUCCCUUGAGGCUGCUACCCUUCGAGCACCUUCUGUUCGAUGAGGAACUUGCCUCCAUUGCCCUCGAUGUUGAGGUGGACAGCGGUGAUGAAGACGAAGACCCCUCUCACCUCGAGUUCAACACCGUCUUCAGCGACACUCAACACUGGCACAACCACAAGCGUGCCAUCCUUCCCCCGCAUAUGGGUGGAAGCGAUACGCAUGUCCAGCUGACCGAGUGGCAGCGCAAGCGCCAGCUCAAGAGCGAACAACGCUUCAUGGCCAAGCUGCAGUGGCAGGCGGAGACCCUCACUGGCGCGUAUGGCACUCCCCUGCAGCAGAUGGUCAUCCCCAGUGCCGCUGUUGCAAGAAAGUCGAAGGGAGCUCCCGCAUCUAGUGCGAAGGCGGACGCUGCCGCUUCAAAACCCAGCAAGGGCGGUGCAGGAAAAAAGGGGAAGAAGGAAGUCAUAUCCUCUGCAGACAAAAUUCGCCAGGCGAACCAGGCCAAAAAGCAGACGAAGGAGGAUGACUCCAACGUCCAGUGGUGGAAAGACCAGCUCAAGGACAUCGAGGAGAAGUCGGUCCCCGCAAGGAUCGUCGCGAUCGAGAACCUCAUGCGGAACAAGCGCACGAAAGAGGGCUGGCUGGCCGUCGAAGCGCGCCUAUACCGCCUCCACUUGGAGUUCUUGCGCUGGCUUGCCGACCCCGCGCAGGAUUCGGCGGCGGCGCGCGACCGCUACAGCGUCACGGCCAUGUGCAUGUCCAAGGAGAUCUUCGAGUCGAAGGAGCUCUUCCCAACGGCCGUGCGCAAGCUGGCUACGUGUCUCGCCGCGCUUGGGUUGGAAGAAUACAUCGACGCGUGGGCGGACGCAGCGACGGUGGUGAAGGAGGACCGCUUGCUCAACUUUGACUUCGUCAAGCUCGUGAAGUCGAAGAGCGGCCACGUGCUGCACAAGUGGAUGCGCAUCACCGAGGACCCCGUUGUGUGGCAGUUGCGCCUGUUCGGCGAGUACAUGGACAGAAGCAUGGACAGCCAGAGUGACCCGCGUGUGGCGUUCAAGCCUGACGCCUGGCAGCGCAAGGUGCUGGACUGCUUGGACCAGAACGAGUCAGUCUUGGUGGCCGCUCCUACCAGUGCCGGAAAGACGUUCAUCUCCUACUACGCGAUGGAGACGUUGCUGAGGUCGUCUGAUGAUGAUAUCCUCGUUUAUGUUGCUCCUACGAAGGCGCUCGUCGGUCAGAUCGCCGCUGAGGUCUACGCGCGAUUCCGCAAAGAAUUGGGCACCAAGGCGUGCUGGGCCAUUCAUACGCGGGACUAUCGAGUGCACAACCCCCAGAACUGCCAGAUUCUUGUCACAGCACCGGAGGUGUUGGCGACGAUGCUCCUGUCGCCUCCUAUGGCGAAGACAUGGACGCCGAGAAUCAAGCGGAUCAUUCUUGACGAGAUCCACACCAUCGGCCAGCAGGAAGGCGGUGCCGUCUGGGAGCAGAUUAUCCUCCUCGCUCCCUGCCCACUAAUCGGUCUUUCUGCCACCAUUGGAGAACCCGAGAAGUUUAAUGCAUGGCUCGCAUCCGUCCAGGAAGCGCAUGGAUUCAAGCACACAUUCAUCCGCCACCCCCACCGAUACUCGCAUCUCCGCAAGUACACGUACCUACUCCAGCCAAAAGACAAGCCCGCACCCUUCAACGGCCUCGCCGAGUACCGCAAGACCGAGCGCCUGCGCUUCAUCCACCCGAUAUCUAUGCUCUCGUUUGGGGCUCGCAGCCUGCCUUCCGACUUCUCGCUGGAAGCGGCGGACUGCCUGUCCCUCUUCUAUGCGCUUGGGGAUUUCCGGGACCGCCUUUCAUUCGAUCUGGAUGCGCUGGAUCCUACGCGCUUCUUCCCGGAUUCAAAGGGAACCCUCCUGAAGCAGAAGGAGAUCCUGCGCUAUGAGGCGGCGCUCACGAAGGAGAUCUCAGAAAUGAUGGAGUCGAACGAUCCACAGGACCAGGAUUCGGUAUUGAACGGUGUGAUCAGGAAGGUGUCCGAUCCGAUGGUCGAGACAGCAGACCAGAGAUACAUCCCCGCGGCGCAGGAGUUCUACACCAACCUGAUCACCUUGGUGUCGGAUCUGCAGGCGAGCGGAGACUUGCCGGCUUUGUUGUUCAACUUCGAUCGCAAGGUCUGUGAAAACAUGGCGCAGGCAAUCAUCGAUGUUCUCGAGAAGACUGAGGAGAGGUGGCGCGAGACGAACCCGGAGUGGAAGCGCAAGAUCAAGCAGUUCGAGCUUUGGGAGUCGAAGGCCAAGGAGCGUGAACGCCAGGCAGAUCGGCUCAAGAAGGCCAAGAAGGAUGACGAGCCUGCGGCCGAUCGGGACACGAGCUGGGAGGCAUCCUUUGACCCUGACGACCCGUCGCCGCAGUUUUCCUUUGCGGGCAGCUCGCAGGCGUUCUCGAAGGCGGACCUCGAUGAUGAGAUUCGGUCUCUCGGCUGGACCUCAACCCCGGACUGGGCCCUGAAGGCUCUGCGGAGGGGUGUCGGUGUGCAUCAUUCUGGUAUGAACAAGCAUUACCGGACGCUCGUUGAGAGCCUCUACCGUUCAGGAUUCCUGCGCGUCGUCAUUGCCACAGGAACAUUGGCGCUUGGUAUCAACGCCCCCACCAAGACUUCGGUGUUCUGCGGUGACUCGCCGUUCCUCACUGCUCUCAUGUAUCGCCAAUGUGCUGGUCGUGCCGGCAGGAGAGGUUACGACCUGCUCGGGAAGGUUGUAUUCUAUGGCCUCGCGAUGGACAGGUGUCAGCGACUCGUGUUGUCGAAGCUGCCUUCACUCGGUGGCAACUUCCCGCUAACAUCGACCAUGGUCCUCCGUCUGUUCAACCUUCUGCAAGGAUCGAACGACGCCCCUGUUGCGCGCGACGCCAUCCGGAGUAUACUCCGUCUGCCUCACAUCACUUUCGUCUCCGACGUCGGCCGAGAACAGCUCUUGCACCACAUCCGGUUCAGCAUCGACUAUCUUCGCCGCGCUGGUCUUCUCGACGCACAAGGCAACCCUAUCAACCUUUACGGCGUCGCCGCUCAUCUCUACUACACCGAGCCGAGCAACUUAGCACUCAUUGCCCUGCUCCGCCACGGUGUCGUCCACAAGAUCUGCAGCCACGCCAACCCUGUUCGGGCCAAACGCGACCUCCUACUCCUUUUGUGUCAUCUCUUCGGCCGUCGCUACCUGCCGAAAGCGUAUGCAUCCGCCACCAAUCUCAAAGCGAUCACGCAGAAGUCGCCGUCUGUGGUCGUUCUACCUCCCCUCCCGGGCGACGCCCGCAAGGUGUUGCUUGAGCACGAGCAGCACAUCAAGCGCGUCUUCACUGGCUAUGCGUUGGCGUACCUCUCGCAGCACCAGGAUGCCUUGGGCGAGGACACCAAGCUUCCGUUCAGCGGGAAGACCGUUUGCGAACCGGAAAAGGAAGAAUCGUCGCCUUUCCGCGAGCGGCUGCAGCGUACGGCAGUGUCCACCUUGGCACGCUCGCCGUUUGUUGCAACCUCGGGACACGGUGAUUCGUUCGGCUCGGUAUCAGAACUGGCGAGUACUGCCCGGCAAGGCCUCCAUGUGUCCGAGCACGCCAUCCCCUCCAUGCGCCAAUUCACUGCUAUCCCAGGCGCAGACAACGACGAAUUCGCGCUGAACGCGUACCUCCUCGACUUCUACACGCACGGACAGACCGCGGCGCUGAAGACGGCGAACGGUAUCCGCGACGGCGAGGUGUGGUACGUCCUCCAGGACUUCACACUCACUCUCAAGACGAUCCGCACGGGCCUCGUGCAGCUGCUGCAGAAGGCGGGCGCGAAUGCGAGUCGGGCGGAGUCUGUUGCGGGCGACGGGGUGUCGGAGAUCGACAGCGGGUACGGGACCAUCGACCCCGCGGAGGCGGACGACGUGGACAGCGUGGACGGCGCGGAGUCGUACAAGCGGCCGGUGGGCGUGACUGACCGCGACUGGAGGGUGUUCGAGGUGCUGAACGCGGUGACCGCCGAGUUCGACGAGAAGUUCCGCGCCAUGUGGGCGUGAAGGCUGCACCAGUCUCUGCUCGGUCUCCUCGUUACGAUCCAAGUUACUACUAGCAUCUGCUACUCGUCGAUUUGCUUCCGUCCUGCACCCUCACAUUAUGCAAUCGCUCUCGUGUUUUCGCCGCAAUCCUAGAUAUAUGCAUGUAUCCACAACACUGCCCCACAUAACAAGAUGUACCACCUCCGUAGUUGCAAUAUAUAGAACGGAGCUUGCCC